AGUAAACCAAACGCAACCAAAGUUCUUCAACUACGAUUUGGUUGAUGUGGUUCUUCACAACAUGCACUUAUCAUCUCCUAGUUCUUCAACAAUGUCCAACAAGCCCCGCCUUCGUUCACUGCUCUUGCUCGCCCGCGAGCAGGAUGCUACUUCACAUGCUGUUGAUAUUCCUACUAUCAAGCCCCUAAAGAGAUGGCGCUUUGCGUUUUCUGUUAUCUAUGCCAUCAAUGCCAUGCGUUCUCUGGUUAAAGAAGCUAAACAACUCGUACAGAAAACAUCUCACACUACCCUCGACAUCAAUUCGACUGGUGCUGCUGAUUCUGAACAUCUCAAUCUUGUAGUUGAUCAACACCUCCCUGAGCGCAUUGACAAAGCAAAGCUCAUAAAGUUGGUGAAGGAAAAAAAUCUCACUCCUCUUCAUGAACUUGGUGGAGUUGAAGGCAUAGUUUUCAAUCUUCAAACCAAUGGCAAAAAUGGAAUCAAUGGCACUGAAGAAGACAAGAAAUGGCGACGUGAAGUAUUCGGUUCCAACACUUACCGUAAGCCACCUCCAAAGGGCUUUCUCCAUUUUUUGUUGGAAGCUUUUAAAGAUGCCACUAUUAUCAUCCUACUAGUAUGCGCUGCUCUGUCUCUCGGUUUUGGCAUUAAAGAAGAUGGAAUAGAUGAUGGUUGGUAUAACGGUGGGAGCAUUCUCUUCGCUGUCAUUUUGGUCGUUAUGGUAUCCACAAUCACUAACUUUCGCCAAGCAAAACAAUUUGAUGAGUUGUCCAAAGUCAGUAGCAAUAUCCAAGUGGAUGUCAUUCGGAAUGGGAGGCGACAUCACAUCUCCAUAUUUGAUAUUGUGGUUGGAGAUGUUGUAACAUUGAAAAUCGGAGAUCAAAUUCCAGCAGAUGGCUUGUUCUUGAAUGGAUAUUCAUUACAAGUGGACGAGUCAAGUAUGACCGGAGAGAGUGAUUAUGUUGAUAUUGACCAGACUAUCAAUCCAUUCUUACUUUCUGGUGCCAAGGUAGCCAAUGGGUAUGGUUUAAUGGUUGUCACAGCAGUAGGAAUGAACACAGCAUGGGGUGAGAUGAUGAGUUCUAUAAGCCACGAUUUGAAAGAGGAAACUCCACUGCAAUCUCGUCUCAACAAACUGACCUCUUCCAUAGGAAAAAUUGGUUUGAUAGUUGCUUUUUUUGUUCUUGUUGCGAUGUUGAUCCGUUACUUCACUGGGAACACAAAAUAUGCAAAUGGGAAUCGAGAGUAUAAUGGUAAGAAGACCAAGUUCGAUGAGGUUAUGAAUGCCAUGGUGCGUAUUAUUGCUGCCGCUGUCACAAUUGUUGUGGUGGCGAUUCCAGAAGGUUUGCCGCUAGCUGUCACACUCACUUUGGCUUACUCUAUGAAAAGAAUGAUGGCUGAUCAAGCUAUGGUUCGGAAACUCUCAGCUUGCGAGACUAUGGGAUCAGCAACUAUUAUUUGUACAGAUAAAACAGGUACGCUCACUUUAAACAAAAUGACUGUGACCACAUUUUGGCUUGGCAAAGAUAGCAUUACAGGCAAUGCUGUCAAUGCAAUUGCUCCAAAUAUUGUUGAAUUGCUCCACCAAGGAGUGGGUGAGAACACUACUGGUAGUGUUUAUACAGCCACUUCAGGAUCUAAACCUGAGUUCUCUGGAAGUCCAACUGAGAAAGCAAUUCUUUUUUGGGCUGUCCAUGAACUAGACUUGGACAUAGAAAAACUAAAGAGGACCUAUGACAUCCUCAAUGUUGAAACCUUCAAUUCGGAAAAGAAACGUAGCGGAGUAUUAAUAAAGAAUUUGAUGGACAACACAUUCCAUGUCCACUGGAAAGGAGCUGCUGAAAUUAUACUAGCUCUGUGUUCAAGUUACUAUGACAAGUCUGGAAUCAAGAAAGCCAUGGAUGAGAGUACAAAAGUGGAAAUCAAGCGAAUAAUCGAUGGGAUGGCUGCAAAAGCCCUUCGAUGCAUUGCAUUUGCUCAUAAGCAAUUUACCAUGUCAGAGCCAGACAACACUGAUGAACCAAAGAUCACUGAAGAUAACUUGACAUUCUUAGGGGUAGUGGGUCUAAAGGACCCAUGUCGGCCAGGGGUGAAAGACGCAAUGCAACUUUGCGAAAAUGCUAAAGUAAAAGUCAAGAUGAUUACGGGAGACAACAUUUUCACUGCAACAGCAAUAGCCAUCGAAUGUGGGAUACUUAGAUCCGAUUAUCAAAGCGUAGCAUCGGCCAGUGACGGUGAAGUUAUAGAAGGUGAGAAAUUUCGAAAUUAUGCCCAGCAAGAAAGGCUAGAUCGUGUUGAAAAUAUCCUCGUAAUGGCAAGAUCUUCCCCUCUUGACAAGCUUCUAAUGGUAAAGUGCUUGAAACAGAAAGGCCAUGUUGUUGCUGUCACUGGUGAUGGCACAAAUGACGCGCCCGCUUUAAAAGAAGCAGAUGUGGGGCUUUCUAUGGGCAUUCAAGGCACCGAGGUCGCCAAGGAGAGUUCAGAUAUUGUUAUCUUGGAUGAUAACUUCAACUCAGUAGUGACUGUUUUGAAGUGGGGAAGAUGUGUGUAUAACAGCAUCCAGAAAUUUAUCCAAUUCCAGCUUACUGUCAAUGUGGCUGCCCUUGUAAUCAACUUGGUUGCAGCAUGUUCAGCUGGUGAAGUCCCACUAACAGCAGUCCAGUUGUUGUGGGUGAACUUAAUCAUGGACACAUUAGGGGCUCUAGCUCUAGCCACGGAACGACCGACCGACGACCUCAUGGACAAGCCACCUGUUGGCCGCACAGAGCCACUAGUAACCAAUGUUAUGUGGAGAAACCUCAUUUUCCAAGCACUUUUUCAAAUCAUCGUCCUCUUGAUAUUUCAGUUUAAGGGAAAAUCUAUCUUUAAUGUGACUGAAGCAGUGAAGAACACCCUGAUCUUUAAUACUUUUGUCUUCUGCCAAGUAUUUAACGAGUUUAAUGCUCGAAAAUUAGAAAAGAAGAACAUCUUCAAAGGGAUUCUUCAGAACCGAUUAUUUCUAUGGAUCGUGGCAUUAACUGUCAUUCUUCAGGCGGUGAUGGUGGAAUUUUUACGAAAAUUUGCUGAUACAGAGAGGUUGAAUUGGUUGCAGUGGGGUAUAUGUAUUAUCAUAGCAGCAAUGUCAUGGCCACUUGGUUGGGUUGUCAAGUGCAUACCAGUUCCAGAAAAACCAUUGCUAUCCUAUAUCAAAUGGAAGUGCAUUUAAACAGAUUAUGUAAACUAGCUUAUCUUUAGUUUCCAAAAAUCAGACCGGUCCAGUCCAAUAUUAUGGGCCCAAGUUAAUGAUUCAACUUGUUAAAUUUUGGGUGUUUGUAGAUUAUUUUUAUAAAAAAAGUGCAUAUUGAUCUAAUAAUUAUAGUCAAAUCAUUUAUCAUCAAAUAAAUGAAUGAUAUGUGACUAUAAUUAUCAGAUUAAUAUACUUUUUUUUUUUAUUGAUAAUCUACAUAAAUGAACCUAAAACAUGAUCAGAAUAAAUCAUCAACGUAAGUUAGAUGAUAGGCCCACAAUGCAUAAUUGGACCAGUUCAUUUUUUUAAGAAAUUAAAGGUGAGGUAGUUUAAACUAUAAGUAGGACUUGCAAGAAUAAAUGUGUGACAUUAAUAGGAUUGUGUAUAGCAUUUUCUUUUUAAAUGUCUCUCCUAGAUUCUCCUUCAUACAUGUGUAUGCCUUCAGUGUGUAAAUAAGAUGCAAUGUAAUAUUGAAGUUCUGUUUUACUCGCA